AUGGGGAAAAGUCAUGAUUGUCGGACAGAAAUAACUCUAAUUGCUCCAGAUAUUACUGUUGGCUGGAUUCUUUUGGGUACCUCAACUGGGAGAACGAACCACUUUAUCAUGCUUACCUCCCUCCAGUAUUAUCGUCACUUUCUUGCUGCCAUUUUUGCCAUUGAGGAAAUCAACAGCAACCAGAACAUUCUGCCUAAUGUGACCUUGGGAUUCCAUAUCCAUGAUUCCUGGGCCAAUGAGAGAAAAGCCAUUAGCAGUACAUUUAGUAUGCUGACAGGGAGCAGUGAUUAUGUGCCUAACUACAAGUGCACCCAGAACAGGAUUCCCAGUGCAUUCAUAGGGCACCUACUGUCUUCUGUAUCUAAUGUCAUGUAUCAGAUCACUAGCAUCUAUGGCUUUCCACAAGUUAGUUACGGAGCUGUGGAUCCUGCAUUCAGUGACAGAAUCCGCUUCCCAUUAUUCUAUCGAACAGUGCCAAGUGAAACUGCCCAGUACCAAGUAAUCAUCCAGCUCAUCAAGGCUUUUAAUUGGAACUGGGUAGGGAUGAUAUCCUCUGAUGAUGAGACGCACCAGAAAGCCAGUGAAGAGAUGAAGACUGAGAUCAUUAAGAAUGGAAUCUGUGUAGCUUUCCUUGUACAGAUUGGUGAAAGAGAUGGUUCAAGUUUACGCUUUGCUUUGCAAGCAAUAAGGCAGGCAAAUGCCAGUGUUGUCAUAGUAUAUAGUAGAACAGUAAUCUUUCUGUUUUGUCUUAUUUAUCUAUAUAACUUAUCAACUAAUGUGGUGUGGCUAAUGCUGUCCCCUUUGGCAUCAGCUUCAGGGGAACUAUAUAAUAAUGAGUUUAAUGGAUCCCUUGUUAUAUUUUUUUGUCAAGGAAACAUUCCAGGGCUAAAAGACUUUCUUUACAAGGCUGAUCCUUCAAGGUUUCCUAAAGACCCAUUUACUGCUGCAGUUUGGUUAGAAGUGUUUGGUUGUCACUCUGCACAAGCCUUUCCUAAGUCUCCAUCCAGAUCCUACCGUUUAUGUAAUGCCAAUGAUACAUUAAAGCGACUUGAGCAUUAUGGAUAUGAUGUGAAUUAUUUCAGAUUAACAUACAGUAUGUACAUUGCUGUAUAUGCUGGGGCCCAUGCACUCCAUGCUAUGUAUACUGAUAAAACCAGUGGUGGAACCAUCUUGCAUCCUGAUAAAACAACAAAUGGACUGAUGCCAACACAGAUAUAUUGUGUAGGGAAUAUCCAAUUUACCUCCCGAUUUUCAGAGAUCCCAGUCUCAAGGUGCAGUGCCAGCUGUCUCCCUGGUUACAGAAAAACUUUUGUGAAGGGAAAACACGUUUGCUGUUAUGAGUGUGUUCAGUGCUCAGAAGGAGAAAUAUCCCCAUUGCCAGACAUGGACAAUUGCAUGAGAUGUCCUGAAGACCAAUGGUCCAAUGAGAGCAGAGAUAAAUGUAUCAUGAGAGCCAUUGACUUCCUUUCUUAUAAAGAUCUUUUUGGUGUGGCUCUAACCACUACUGCUUUGGUUCUGUCAUGUUUCACAUCUGCAGUUUUUUGCAUUUUCUUAAAAUACAAGAAGAGCCCCAUUGUGAAAGCCAAUAAUCAGGAGCUCAGUUACCUUCUUCUUCUUUCCCUCAUGCUAUCCUUUCUUUGUUCCUUACUAUUUAUUGGAAGGCCUACAAAGGUCACCUGUUUGUUGAGACAAACUUCAUUUGGUAUCAUCUUUGCUAUUUGUAUUUCUUCCAUUUUGGGGAAAACCAUUACUGUUAUUAUUGCCUUCACUGCCACUAGACCUGGAAGCCGGCUCAGGAACUAUGUUGGUACCCGGGUCCCUAAAUACAUUCUUCUACUAUGUACACUUCCUGAGGUUUUCAUCUGUGCACUUUGGCUCAUAAUCUCUCCCCCAUUCCCUGACUAUGACACUCACUCUGCAACAGGAAAGAUCAUUUUGCAGUGCAAUGAGGGAUCACCUAGUGCAUUCUACAUAAUGGUUGGUUACAUUGCCUUGUUGGCUUUUGUGAGUUUCUUUGUUGCUUAUCUUGCCCGUAAAUUACCAGACAUAUUUAAUGAAGCACAAUACAUAACCUUCAGCAUGUUGCUGUUCUGCAGUGUAUGGAUCUCCUUCAUCCUGGCCUAUGUGAGCACCACAGGCAAAUAUUUAGCAGCGGUGGAGAUAUUUGCCAUCCUUGUUUCCAGUGCAGGACUUCUUGGCCUUAUAUUUAUCCCUAAGUGCUACUUUAUCUUUUUUAAGCCCCCAGUGAGCACUAGAGGUCAUUUAAUAUAA